AUGGACUGGCUCAUAGACCAAUGCCACUGGAAAGAUGUAACAUAUCUGCAUCAGUGGCUUGAGGUGUUCGUGGCGUCUUUCGAGCGGCUCAUAGAUGUUGCGUCGUUGGAGCCUCGGAGGGUGGAGGAGAGCAGCUCGGAGGUGCCCCUGCUCCCCAGAGAGGUCCUGGUCCUCCUCAGCAAGCAGCUAUGGCACAGCACCUUGCAGCUCACCAACACGGCCGAGCAAAACAGCAGCACCCCGCACCCGCUGCUCCUCAUCAAGUUCUUCAUCAUCGUGUGCAGGAAUAUGGAGAACAUUGACCCGGAGAAGACCCCUGGUUUUGUUUUUGAAACCAUCAAGCUUUUGGAUUUCUGUUUGCACCAGAUAAAGAAAGAGGAGGACGAGCUGGACUCUCUGCCUCUGGUGGUUCAACACGGGCUGGUGCUGUGUGAGAGCCUGUAUGACCCUUACCAGACGUGGAGGAGACGCCUGUCCGGGGAGGAAGUGAGCUCGAUGGAGAGGAACAAGUACAAGUUCUCUGCAUUGUCUUUACCAGAGGAGCUGCCAGCACUGUUCCACGAGAACCUGCAGAACAGCAAAGAGAUCCCACAGUUCCUCAUUCUGCGAUUGGUUCAUCUCCAGGGAGCUGUCAUCAGCGGAGGAAAGAAGAACGCCCUCCUGACCAUCACCCCUAACGCCGUGGAGGACCUGUUCUCUGUUCUAAGAGACUGGUGCUGCCGGAGCCCAGGCGAGGGCAGAGAUGGGGCCUUACCACGGCUGACACUGCAGACCCUGACCUCCAUGAUCCACCUGCUCCACGCCAGCAGCCCCUCGGAGCGCCUGGUGGACAUACGGACCGUGCUCCACAGCUACUUCCACCUGCUCAACUGGAACCGGCCCCUCUGCACUGACCAACAGGACCGCGAGAGCUGGGAGGAGAGCCUGGUGUCGCUGCAGAGCCAGAUGCUGACUGCUAUUCCUGAGAUCCUGCAGUGCUCCGACAGACCCGUUCUGCAGGCUGUCUUCUUAAACAACAAUUGCUUUGAACAUAUCCUCAGGCUGAUUCAGAACAGCAAGUUGUUUCAAAGUAGACGAUUGGAGCAGAAGGUUGAGUGUGACAUCACUACACGUUUGCUCACAGAGGUCGAAGUGGACAAGGUUUUGGAAAAAGCAUCUGACAGUAUUACCGUGCAUGCCUUAGAAGUCCUCACUGCAAUAAUGAGCAACUCACCCUCUGCAAAGGAGGUGUUCAAGGAAAGGAUUGGUUACUCCCAGCUGUUUGAUGUGCUAAAAAGUCAAGGCCCGCCCACCAAGCGCCUGCUGCAAGAGCUCAUGAACAUGGCUGUGGAAGGCGAGCAUACCCAUGCCCAUUAUUUAGGCAUUGGCAACGACCAGCCUCUGCUGCUGCUACUGCAGUGGCUCCCGGAGCUGUCAGCACAGAGGGACCUACAGCUGCUCGUGGCCCAGUGGCUGGCCACUGUGUGCGGAGGCUCGCUGCCUUGCAGGACUGUGGCCGUGGAGUCCGGCAUGGUGGGGGCUCUGCUACAGGUCUUGUCUCAGCCUCAAAAUCUGGACAGACAGUGUGCAGAUGCACUGUUAGGCCUCCUACAGGACCUGGGCUCUCUGUGUUUAAGACCAGAGGAGCUGAAGGGGCUGCUCAGGAUGCUCCGCGUAGACCAGGACAGUGGUGCGGCGGGUGGGCGGGCUCAUCCGUACUGCACGCGCAUCAUCAGAGUGCUGUCUGCGAUGGCUGCCAGAGAAGGCAAAGCCCACGCCCUUCAGUACUUUGACCUUUCGCCUCCUAUGGCAGGCAUCAUGGUGCCCGCCGUCCAGCGUUGGCCAGGAAAUAGCUUUGCUUUUCAUGCUUGGCUUUGUCUUAAUAUGGAGUUUCAACGCAGUCCCUCUGAGCAGUCAAACUACCGUAACUCCUACCCUACCUCUGGUACUCAACCACAGCAUGACAUUGGCAAAGGACCCCGUAGGAAACAGCUCUAUAGCUUAUUCACAGCAAGUGGCACUGGACUGGAGGCCUUUUUCACCCUGGAAGGAGUGCUGGUGGUGGCUGUGUGCACUAAGAAAGAGUAUAUGGCCGUUGCUUUGCCUGAGUAUCCUCUGACAGACUCAUGCUGGCAUUCAGUCGCUAUUGUCCAUUUAUCCGGUCGGCGUCCAUUUGGCCAGAAUUUGGUCAAAAUCUACAUUGAUGGGGAACUGCGUAAAACCGCACAGCUCAGGUUUCCAUCUUUCGGCGAGCCUUUUACAUCCUGCUGCAUCGGGUCUGCAGGCCAUCGGACCACUACCACUGCCACCUCUCCCACUCUGGCCCCGUCCUCCCCUCCUCCCGCAGACUUCGCCUUCCCCACACACGGACCGGCCCUCAUCAGGUCUCAGUCUUUCCCCGCUUCCUUCGCCGGGGGUCGUUGGGGGGGAGUUGGGGAGUCUGCGGUCCACACGAUCACUGCCGGGCUCCAGGACACUGAGUGGGGGACGCCAACCUCCCUGGACGGACUCUUGGGCACCGCGUUUAUCUGUCAUGAAGAGCUCCAGCCAGCGCAGACCAAAGCACUGCACUCCGCCGGCCCAAAUCACGUGUCCUUAUUCAAAGCAGAAGGGGAGAUAUCUGAGCUCAACGGCAAACUUCUACUGUACUAUACUCCACAGGCCUUCAAAGGUCAGAUAUGUCUAGAUUUGGCUCCUAAUCACCAGUACGAUGGCAGGCUGACAGGUCACCGCGUUGUCAACUGGGACAUCAAGGAUGUUGUGAAUGUGGUCGGAGGCAUCGGCGUGGUGUUGCCUUUGCUGGAGCAGGUGUGUGAAGCAGAGCAGGUUUAUAACGGAGGCCAGGAGACUUCAGACCUUCUUGGACCAGAACUUACCUCUGCCAAGGGGCCCUCUGGGAUGUUGCUGCCACUCAAGAAGUCCUCCGAGGGACGUCUUGAGAGGAACAGUGUCGCUGCGUUCUUGUUGAUGGUGAAAAACCUAAUUCGUCAUCACCCUGUCAAUCAGGACUGUCUGCUGCAGUGUCAUGGGCCCAGCAUCAUUGGAGCCAUGCUCAGCAAAGUCCCAGGAAACAUGAUGGACAUGAAUGUCUUAAUGGCAUGUCAGCUGCUGCUGGAGCAGGUCUUCUCUGAGGGCAACAGCGCAUUACUGCAGCAGCUCUACCACCACCUCCUCUUUGACUUCCGGAUCUGGAACAAAAGCCACUUUGCUGUUAGUCUUGCUCAGGUACAGUAUUUGUCAUCCGUGAUAAACAAAGGAAAACAGCGGUUGAAGAGGAAGUAUGGGGUACAGUAUAUCCUGGACACCAUUCGGACCCACUAUAGUGUGGAGAAAGAUGGCAGUCCUCUGUCGGAUGAGAAACAAACCAUACAAACCUCUCUGUUCGCGCUGCUCAAAGACUUCCUCAAGUCUCCGACACAACCGGAGCUCCAGAGCUUUCUCUCAUUCAUACUGACUGUUGGAGAGGAACGGCAGGUGGUUCGGGCAUUGGACGUGCUGUAUGAUUUGUUGAGAAGCACUCCUCCACGUGAGCAAGUCCAGGCCUUUCUGCUGGAGUGGGGAGUGGAGCAGCUGUACAGCCUGCUUCUCACGCCCAACUUUGGAGACGAACCUAAAGAACGAGUCUUUAGGGUUUUAUACAAAAUUCUCAAAAGUGAACGCAUUUCUGAGCGCAAUAAACUCAAGGUUAAACUGAGAGAUUUUGGAUAUGUUGGGCUGGUUUAUUGCCUUGAAGAUUGUCCUGUUUCCAUGACUUCAGUGAGAUGUCUGUACGAGCAGGUCCUCGCUACAGAUGCCACUCCUAACUUUAGAGACCUCCUGGCUGUGGUCUGUCUUUCGCAUCGUGCAGAACUUACUGUGAGGUUAGAUGUUUGUAGAAAGCUCUUCCACCUCAUCCAUUCCAACGUGGACUACGUGAAGCAGCUCUCCAAGCAGCCGGGCUGGCAGGACGUUUUGACCAAACUUUAUGUGAAAGAAUCGUACGAAUCGCGCGCGGCCAGCAUCGCUAACUCCAGCUCGCAAAACUCAUUUGAGCGCACGUACCGUCCCCCUCUGAGCAAAGAAAAGUCCCUGGUCAUCGAGGACCCAGACCUGUUUCUGAGCUACCGCACUUCCCAGGACGUGGACGAUGAGGAAGAGGAGGAGGAAGCACAUCGAGACCUUUCUGAAGGAUGUUCAGAUUUGUCUCAGUCGCCUUCAAGUGGUGAAGGAGGGCGACUUAAAAACUUUGCUGGAUCUCUUCACUUUAAAUCCUUUGAUUCUGUGGAUCAGGAAAGUCACUCUUCUUCUCAGUCAAAUGCAGUUGAUAUAACAUCAGCCCGUCCUGAUGAAGAGGGGAAAGAUUACCAUCCCCUCUCUCCGUUUGGGACAUCACCAUUUGACAUAGACCUGGGGACCAUGGGGGACCCGGGCACUCCCACUGGGACGCCCUCCCCUCUGGAACAGAACAAGCCCUUUCCCCCUCUCAGACCACGGAAGAGCUCCAGUCUGUCCAACAUCCUGGACGACACCAGCUACAACAUCGAGCACACGGGAGACACCAUCUCCAACACGUCCAACCCACAGCAGACACCAGAAGAAGAGCUGUGUAAUCUUCUGACCAACAUCGUGUUUUCGGUGUUGUGGAGCGGCAGCGGGGCUGAGGUGAAUGAGGACGUGGUGUGGAGAGAGAGAGGACAGGUUUUCUCAGUUCUCACUAAACUGGGCUCCUCCUGCCAGCUCGUCCGGCCUCCCGAUGACAUCAAACGCAGUCUUUUGGAGAUGAUGCUGGAGUCUUCCUUGUCGGAUCUGAGGGAGGCCCAGGGGGUGUCUUUGCCGUUCUGUCCCAGCCUCCUGCGACUGCUCCGACUGCUCCAAGAUUUUUUGUUUUCUGAGGGCACCGACAACUGCAUGCUGUGGAGUGAGAAGAUCUUCGAAGGGGUGGUGAACUUGUUGGACAGGUUGCAGGCUUGGCACAGUACGCCCGGCACGCCAGGAAACACGGAGCUCAAGGAGAUGGCCCAGAUCGGUCUCCGCAUCAUCACUGGUUACAUCCAACAGCAGAAUACUCAGGUGUGUGUGAUGGCCUACGUGAAGCUGCACAGCCUGCUUCAAACCGUCAUGUGCCUGAGCUGGGAGGAGGUCUGCUUCCUCCUGGGGCAGCUGGGCACCCCCCUGUGGCCUGGAGGACUGAAGGACGGGGAGAACGGAGGCUGUGGUGACAUCUUCUCUCAGCUGGUGCCCAUCGUGCGCACACUGCUGGACCAACACGCUGACCCGGUCACCAUACAGAGGCUGCUGCCAAACCUCCCAGUCACCAACGGAAGCACCACGUUUGCCCAGGACCUGAAGGCCUACUGCCACACGGUGGAGUGGCAGGGCUUUUAUCAGCAACAGGUGCAGCCGACCAAAGAGCAGUACGAGCUGGACACUUUUGGCCGGUGCCACGACAUCAUGUCCAACUUUUGGAACUCGUGUUUCGACGACCUCAUGAGCACAGCCUUCAGACGAGACAAGGACCGGUCCGACAGCAAGGCCAAGUUUCAAGAAGCCAUCAUAGAUCCUUUUGUGAGGAAAGUGAAGAGUGAAAACGUUCGGUACCACAGCAUCCAAAAGCAGCACUCCAGCCAGCAGGGGGUGGUGUGGCAGCACUGGAAAUCCCUGCGCAGACUCUUCUCCAGUGAGAGAGGAGCCUGGGCCCACAAAGUCCAACCAGCGGUGAAAUGGAAGUUGUCCAAUGCAGAGACCUACUCAAAGAUGCGGCUUAAACUGGUGCCCAAUUACAACGCUGACGAUCACAGUGAAGCCAGUGCGCUCAGGGACAAUAUGGGAGCUGAAAGCCCUCGUAGUACUGACCCUCUCCCGUUGGCGGUGGCAAAAGAAGCAAAAGUGAGCGACAUGGAGGAUGACCAGCUUGGAGAAGAUGACCUUAUAAUUUCAGAUAAGAAAGGGGAAGGAGAGGACGAGAGCCAGAAGGAAAAGCUGGUUUUAUCAGAGGACUGUGAACUCAUCACCAUUGUAGCGGUGGUCCCAGGUCGAUUGGUGGUCACAACGCACCACAUUUAUUUUUAUGACGGAAGUGGCGACAAAGAGGAGACAGAGGAGGGAAUUGGCUUUGACUUCAAGAGGUCUCUGACGCAUCUGCGAGAAGUGCAUCUGCGGCGAUACAACCUGAGACGGUCUGCGCUGGAGCUGUUUUUCAUUGACCAGUCGCAUUAUUUCAUCAAUUUCAGAAAAAAAGUGAGGAACAAAGUCUACUCCAGGAUCUUGGGUUUGAGGCCACAGAACCUCUUCUACUUUGGUUCCCGUUCACCGCAGGAGCUGCUGAAGGCGUCUGGUCUCACACAGAAAUGGGUGUGCAGAGAAAUCUCCAAUUUUGAAUAUCUGAUGCAGCUGAACACCAUCGCAGGAAGGACGUACAAUGACCUGUCCCAGUAUCCUGUUUUCCCCUGGAUCUUGUGCGACUACACGUCUCCAAUACUAGACCUGGACGACCCGGCUGUCUUCAGAGACCUGUCUAAACCCAUCGGUGUAGUGAACCCACGUCACGCACAAGAUGUCAGGGAAAAGUAUGAGAGUUUUGAAGACACCACUGGGACUGUGGACAAGUUCCACUACGGCACACAUUAUUCAAACGCUGCUGGAGUCAUGCACUACAUGAUCAGGACGGAGCCCUUCACCACGCUGCACAUCCAGCUGCAGAGCGGAAAGUUCGACUGUGCUGACCGACAGUUCCACUCGGUGGCAGCAGCGUGGCAAACCCGCAUGGAGAGUCCAGUGGACGUCAAAGAGCUCAUCCCAGAGUUCUUCUACUUCCCAGAGUUUCUGCAAAAUAUGAACGUUUUUGACUUGGGGAAGUUACAAAUGUCCCAAGAGCCUGUGAACGACGUGUUGCUGCCGCGCUGGGCCUCGUCCAGAGAGGACUUCAUCGCCAAACACCGGAAAGCUCUGGAGUCUGAAUAUGUGUCCAGUCACCUGCACAAGUGGAUUGACCUGAUCUUUGGGUACAAGCAGAGAGGAGAGGAGGCAGUGGAAGCUCUCAAUGUCUUCUAUUACUGCACAUAUGAGGGGGCAGUUGAUUUGGAUGCUAUCGCCAAUGAAACUGAGCGUAAGGCUUUGGAAGGAAUAAUCAGCAACUUUGGACAAACUCCUUGUCAGCUUCUCAAAGAGCCACAUCCUCCCAGGAUCUCUGCAGAGAACGCAGCCCGGCGGCAGGCCCGUCUGGAAACUCUGCCUCUGAACAUCUUUGACCACCUGGAUAAACUCAGGCCCUUUAAGGAGGUGGUGAGCGAUGGCCACGCCUUGGUCCAUGCAGUCGUACCAAAGAAUCAAAACCACUCAUCCCUCAUCCACGGUCCAGACACACUGGUGACCGUGAGCUCCAAUGGUUUGAUCGGGACUCAUAACUGGCUUCCAUUUGACAAAAACAUCGUCAAUUAUUUUACAUUCACUACGGACCCCACCUUCAAUAAUCCCAAGAUGCAGCGGUUCCUGUCGGGGCCCUUUGCUCCUGGUGUGGACAUAACCAGACAGGUGCUGGUGGUGUCCAACGACGGCCGUCUGCUGAUUAGCGGGGGACACUGGGACUGCAGCCUCCGCGUCACUCUGCUGGGGAAGGGCAAGCUGGUGGGACGCAUCUGUCGCCACAUCGAUGUAGUCACCUGCCUGGCUCUGGACCUCUGUGGAAUCUACCUCAUCUCUGGCUCCAGGGACACGUCCUGCAUCGUGUGGCAGGUGCAGCAGCAGGGGGGCUUCUCCGCGGGCCUCUCCCCUCAGCCGGUGCAGGUUCUCUGUGGACAUGACCAAGAGGUGACCUGCGUCGCCAUCAGCACUGAACUCGACAUGGCAGUUUCUGGCUCAAAGGACGGGACCGUGAUCGUGCACAGCAUCCGCAGGGGUCAGUUCCUCCGGAGCCUGCGUCCCCCCGGUGACAGCCACAGUCCAGCCCACAUCGCUGAGCUGCAGGUCGGGAUGGAGGGCCACAUCGUGGUGCAGACGGCAGUGGAGGAGUGCUCCUACAGGAAGGGUAAAUACUCGGUUCAUGUUUACUCGGUCAAUGGAUGUUUGUUGGCCUCACUGCCGCUGGAGGAGCAGGUCUCAGCUCUGCACCUCAUGAACGAACACGUCCUCCUGGGCACGGUCAAGGGAAGCCUCCACAUCAUGCAUCUGCACAGUCUGGAGGCUGCGGUCGUCCCUCUGGCCCUGAAGGUCCCCGUGAGGAGUUUGUCCGUCACCAAAGAGGGCAGUCACAUCCUGGUGGGACUGGAGGACGGCAAGCUGAUCGUGGUGGGAGCAGGGAAACCAGAGGAGGUUCGCUCGGGACAGCUCUCACGACGCCUUUGGGGCUCAUCGCGCCGCAUCUCUCAAGUGUCUGCGGGUGAAACCGAAUACAAUCCCUCCGAAAGCAAGUGA